AAACAAAAAAAGUGGUACUGAUAAAUAAAAGCAUCUGAGCACACAUGCAGACCAGUCAGGGUGUCCACAGUGGCACCUGACCACUGCUGUUCCAAUACUCAAAACAGGGCCAGUGGAAAAAGGUGGUGAUAUUUUAUCUUACAUCACCUGGGUGGCGGGAUGGGUCCAGGUGGACAUUGGAACAUUGGAAGUUGCAUAGUUCACACCGUGCCCUCGCUCUCGGGUGCUGGACAUCUUCUCUUUAGUAAUACUCUCAAAUCUGUGUAAGCAGUCCUUAUUUGUGUGCUUACUGUAUGUUUAUGAACUUUUGUCUGUGUUUAUGUCACAUUUUAUAUUAUAUCUCCAAAUGUGCAGACUAAUGAUAGGAGUAUUGUUGUACAGACUUGAGCAUUUUUUGUUGUUAAAUCAUGCUGAUAUGAAUUCUACCUUUCUAUAUGUAUUGAGUCGUGUGACUUUCAUUUUCAAAGUUGGAAAAGAACACAAUCCAUUACCUCGAUGUUCUUUAGCGCCCUCUGUCGGUCAUGUUUUACUGUCACCGACAUAACGUACACUAGGACCCAGAGGAGCAGGGCAGCGGGUGGACCGGCUAAACAUGGCGGACCAAAACAAGUCAGGCAGCGUAGGGAACUUCUACAGCGAAAUAUUAAGUCCGUCCGAGCUGUUCGCAGCCCGGUCGAGGAGCCACAAGAUCCCAGUCAGGGGUCAGAAGGACUUCUUCCCCGACGACUCAGACGAGCAACGGCAGCGACUUGAGCAGAGUCUGAAUGAACACUGGAGCCUCGUAUCAGAGGAGAGAGUGGAGAGGCUAGGAAACCUGGUGAAGGCCACAUGGGUUCCAGGCGAUCGUGUUGUGGAGCUUCAGUCUCCGGCUGGAAAGUUCUGGCACACGAUGGGCUAUUCUGCAAACGGAAAGCAGUAUCUCCUCCCCGAAGAGGCUCUGUACCUGAUGGAGUGUGGAAGCGUGCAGGUGUUUUAUGAGGACCUGCCGCUGUCCAUCCAGGACGGCUAUGAGAAAUUUUUGUCCCCGGACGCAGUGAGCCUCCAGCAGUAUCAGGUGUUCGGGCACUUGAAGAGGCUCGGCUAUGUGGUGCACAGAUUUGAUUCCAGUUCCGAGCCGUCGUCCUACGUGAGGCAGCUGAACCUCCCUCAGCCACGUGACAAAGCGGCGAGACAGCUGAAGAGGAAACGCAGCGGCAGCCCAACAUGCAGUCACCCUGAAGCCCGAGAACAAUCCACCGCUGAGAAAGUGGAGGAGGAUAAAUGCAGCCGUCAAGGUGAAGAUGAAAAACCUCCUGAGUCACACCUGGCGGCCUCUGCGGAGACUCCAGAGGUCCAGACCGCCACCGCGACUCCAGGGACCAAAAGCGAGGGCAGGACCUGGUGGGUGACGGACGCUCCUGUGGGUUCGGACACGCCAUCGGGUCGCCGCUCCACCUCCGGCUCCUCGCGCUGGGACUUCGGCAGCAUCUCGUUCCCCGACCUCGGCUCCAGCGACCGCCUCCCCAGCCGCCUGGCCCCUCCAGACCCCUCUCUGCUGCCCGCGGACGUAACCGCGGGCGCGUGCGACUUUGCCCCCUGGAGGCGGAAAAUCAACCUGCGGAAGGUGAAGAUGUCGGCAAAGGAAGAGAAGAGGGAGGAGGAGAAACGCCGGCGGAAGCGGGAUGUCAACAGAGACAGAGAGGUUCGACGGUGCAGGAACUGGGCGGAGUAUCAGGAGCUCCUGGAGAGGCGGCAGGGGAGGCGCAGGGGCCGACCAGCUCACCUGUGGAACCGGGAAGUCACUCCUUUACACGACCCAAUGCAAACAAUCCCCACUGCGGAGCUGCUGGAUAAAAUCAGCGUGAUUAAACCGACACAUUUGCUGGAGGGAGCGUCCAGGUUAAAAGGUUCGGAUGAGUGGAGGAUUUGUUUCAAUGUUUACCAGCCUGACACGGUGGCCGACUUCAAGAAGAGCAGCCCGGGGAAACCGUACUCCCGCAUGUGUGUGUGCAGCUUCGACGGCCCCGUGCCUGACCUGCGAGCCAUGAAGCAGCUGGCCUUCCAGAGCGGAGAUGUCCCGGUGGUGUUUGCCGUGGUGGACUACGGAGACAUAUCCUUCUACACCUUCAAAGACUUCCAGCUGCCCACUGACGUUUACCCCUGAGGAACGCGCGUCCUGCACUUCUCGGAUUUAUUGCCAAAGUUGCGAUUGUGAUCUGUCUUAAUUACGGUUUUGUCACAGGAAUUGUUGGGAGGACGGACGAUUGUUAAUAUUAUUAUCGUCAGUAUCGUGAUUUUCAUAUAAACGAGACGUGACAGCUGCUGCGGCAAACUGUUGACACAUUCAGAGGCUUUGUAUCAAAAUGAAUCACAGAAUAAAAAAUACUGCGAGAAAAAAAA